UUAUUCGAAGGUAUGAAUUAAAUCCAAAAUUUCAUCAUGCAUUCUUCGACUAAUAAGGAUAAUAACUAUAAAUUUAAAAAAUAUCAUCAAUCGCCGAAUCAUAAUAAUCUUUCAAAUGUUUUGUACAAAAGCCAACAUAAAUGUCCAAAUUGCCAAAAUCAAUUUCAAGUACAAAUUAAUAAUACUUGGAGACCAACAAAUAACAGUGGCCCACAGAGCUUUGCCGAAGCUAAUGAACGUAACCGGCAUCAGCGAUUAGAUUUUCAAAAUAACUACGACUGUAGCCUAAAACAAGGUUAUAAAAAUAAUUUAACAAGACUUCCGUUGUUACUCGAAUGUGGACAUACUGUGUGUGAAAAAUGUAUUCGUGGUGAAUUAGAAAUUUCUUCGGAGUCGAUGGUUAAAUGUAGACAGUGUCAAGUGCCAACUGUGAUUGAUGCUAUUGAACUGAAAAAUUCUGAAUUCUAUACAUACUUUCCUAUAAAUUAUUACAUAGCUGGUAUAUUUUUUAUUGAGAAAGCUUUAAAUAUUACUACUAAAACUAAAUUCACUACAAAUAAUGAAUAUAUGCUGAAACCUCCGACUUUGGUUAAUACGAAUCCUUCCAAGACAAUGCGUAGAGCCGAUGCGGUUAGUAAACCGAUUUGCUGCGAAUGUCGUAUUCAAUUAUCAUCGGUGAAAUGUAAAGAAUGUGAUUUAACUUUGUGCAAUACGUGUUUUGGUAUAAUUCAUAAACCAAAAUGUUUUAGUCAUCACAAACCAAUACCAAUUUCUAAUAAAGCAACUACUUCAAAGAAUUCCAGUUCUGAACAAUUAGACAUUGGAUUAUCGAAUUGCACAGUACAUGUUCAACGUCCACAACCAUUAGAAUUUCAUUGUAUAACUUGUCAAAUUGAUACGUGCCAAAUUUGUGUUUUAACCACACAUCAAGGACAUAAGAUUACUGAAGUUGCUCAAGUUAAUCAAAAUUAUGUUGAUGAAGUCAAAGAAAAAGUAGGUGUUGUUCGAGCCCUCAAUAGUGAUUGGGAAAAUGCAUUAAAGAAAGUGGAAUCCAGAUUAUCCCAUCAACAGGCACCUAAAGUAAUAACAACAAUUGAAAAUUCAAUUCAAGAACAUUUUCAAGAAGCACAUGGACGAUUACAAAUUGUAGAAAAUCGUAUACGUAACGAACUCAACACAUUACAGUUUAAAAAUGUACUGUCAUUACAACAAGCACAAAAACAAUUGAAAGAUUAUUUAGAACGUGGGCGGGAAAUAGUAAAUAAAACAAAAUUGUUGGAUAAUCCUAAAAAUUUGGCUAAUCUUAAUGUAGCUACGUUACUACAUCAGAUUAAAGACUUAUUUGCAAUAGACAAGAAUGAUUUGCUAAUUGAAGAAAUUGAUACGGAAGCUAUUAGAUUGAAUAUUGAUGCUGAUUUCUUGCAAUCUAUUGACGACCAUUGUUCCUUGGACUUUGAUUGUUCCAAAUCUAGUCAAUUAAUUGCAAUAGAAGAUCUAUCUGAAGUUGUAUCACCAAAUGCUGUAUCUAUAAGUGGAAAUAUAAGUGAGGUGUCAUUCAACCCAGGAGAUGAUCAAAGUGUAAAAGAUAAUUUAAAUCGAUCUGAUAGUGAAAUGUCAAUUCACUCAAUAUGUUUGCCACGAUGUACACCACGAAGGAGUUUAACAUCACCAACUAUAUCCACAAUUUCGGCAACUGCUGGCAGUUUAAAGAACACACCGAUAAAGCCCUUAACUGAAGGAACCUGUGUGAGAGUAUACUUAUCACACAUUAAAAAUCCAUCAUUGUUUUACGUCCAACAUCAAGAGGAUGCAAAUACACAUUCUGAAUUUUCACGACAAUAUACUCAAUAUGCAAAGAAAUCAGAAAUACCAGAGUUCAUUGAAUUAAAUGAAAUGUAUUUUGUUUACUUCGAUAGCGAUAAAAAAUGGUAUCGUGGACAAGUUCGUAAAAUUAUUAACAACCAAGAAAAUGAUGAGCAGCAAAAUUAUGAAAUAUUUUUCGUUGAUUAUGGAAAUACAAAAAUUGUUUCAAUUGAUAAAUUACGAGUUAUUCCUGAUCAUUUAAAAUCACAUAGACCAAAAGCAUUUCGUUGUGGCUUAUUUGAUUUGAAACCACGUAAUGGAGAAUGGACCGAAGAAGCAACUAAAAUUGUUUUACGUUUAAUCGAUAAAUCAAACAUUAACAUGUAUAUAAUGAAAAUUGUUGGAGAUUUAUAUUUAGUGGACUUACUAACGACGUCUAAAGAGACUUGCCAAUUACCAACAUCAAUCCGGGAUGCUUUAAUAUUUUUAGAAUAUGGAUGCUUUGAAGAACGACCUUCAAUUUCUUCAAAGUUUACAACAAUAGAUGUGAAAAAGAAGGAAUAUCUUCGACGUGAAUUUUCAAUACAAGAAAUUCAUGAUGUUACAGUUUCUCAUAUUGUCUCUCCACAAAAAUUUUAUAUUCAAAUGAUAAUGUACUCCGAAUAUUUACAUCGACUUAUGAAAAACUUAAAGAAAAAAUAUUCGAUAAAAGAGAAAAGAGGAACUAUAUAUAAUCCACAAAUUGGAAUGACUUGCGCUGUUCAUUACGAUGAAAAAUGGUAUCGAGGAUUAAUAACAAAUUUACCAGGAAAUCGUCAAGUUGAUGUACAGCAAGUUGAUUAUGGGGAAAUUGUACGUGUAGAUUGGAAUGAAAUUCGAAUUUUAAAUGAAGAAUUUCGACAAAUGAAUAUUCAGGCGAUACUGUGUACUUUAACUGAUGUACAAUCGAUGACAUCAAAAAAUGAUUGGUCUGAAGAAGCAAUCGACUGUUUUAAAGAUAUGAUUAAAAAUAGCUAUCAUUUACAAAUACAAGUCAAUACAAAUGGCAAACCAUUGCACGUUACACUUUUUGAUGUAUUACCAACAAAAAAUAUCAAUAUUAAUGCAGAAUUAGUGGAAAAAAAUUUUGCAAAAAGUACUGGAGUCAGUUCACGAUGUGCCGAAUAUUACAAUCUGGACGGCUUAGGUGAGUCCGAUCCUGUGCCAAAAAUUGAAAUUUUAAAGCGUGAAGAUCUCAAUAAAAAAUCAUCUCGAAGAAAAGGCAACAAUGAAAAUCGAUAUUCAAAGAAAAUUAAAACACCUACCAUGCUUCAUAAUCCGCCACCACAACCAACUACACCAACGCCUCCGAUAUUAGUAAAACCGGGUGAACCAACUCGCGUUAAAAUUAAUGUCUUAUCAGCAAUCAAUCCGGAAUGUAUAUAUGUGCGUUUAUUCGAUCGUAACACAGAUAUUGCAAAGUUACAAGAUGCCCUACAAUCAUUUUAUCUUGAUAUACCAUACAAUGAAGCACUGGUUUGGGAAGUUGGAAAUCGUUGUGCGGUAUGUGUCGAUAAUGAGUGGUAUCGUGCAAUCAUCGAGAGUAUUAACGAAAAUGAUGAUAAUUUAAUUAAAGUAUUUAUUAAAGAUUUUGCUAAAUACGAAACAGUAAAUCGAAAACAACUACGUACCCUAGAUCCAACAUUCUUAACUGUGCGUGAUGGAUCCAUAAAAUGUGAAUUGUAUGGCAUUAAAGCUGCAGGAGACAAAAACACUUGGCCAAUGCUUGCUUGCGAAGAAUUACGUGACUUACUAAACACUGAAUCUGAUAUUUAUAUUACAAAACGUGGUGAAGUUACCGAAAAUCGUGCAUUACCCGUCGAUUUUUGGAUAUACGAAACAAUACCUGGUCGCGCAUUAGAACCAUCUACCUCAAAAUGGAUUCUAAUCAAUGAUGUACUGGUUGAACGUGGAUUAGUAAUCCCGAAAAAGAAUAAUAUCGAUGUUAAUGCGUCAUUCGAAGAAUCAAAAUUAAUAGAUACGGUUUCCGAUUGGCUACAAAUCGCUGAUUUAGAUUUGGCACAACAAAAGUUUGUUGAACAUUGGAUCGAAGCUGAUCCAUUGACUACACAUAAAUUUAAAGGGAUUAUUACACAUAUCGAUGCAAAUUUAAAUAUUUAUUUACACGACGCAUGCGACAAUAAACUUCAUACAAUUCAAACGCGGCUACAAAAACAUUUUAACGGAUCAAAAGCCGAAAUGUAUGAUAUGUUUUGGCAAGAAAAUCAACCAUGUAUUGCUAGAAAUCCGGACGAUGAUCAAUUUUAUCGUGGAUUAGUACAGGAAAUUUUAUCGAAUGAUAUUAUUUGUGUUUUAUUUAUCGAUUAUGGAUACACAAAACAUUGUCGAACUUUCGAUUUACGUAAAAAUUUAAUUUUGGAAAAUAUUCCAACUCAAGCACUCAAAUGUCAAUUGAGUUAUGUAAAACCGAAAUCAAAAGUAAUGUCCAGUACGUUUGAGAAAUAUGUAUCAGAUUUUCUACUCAACGAAGAAUUUUUAAUUGAAGUCACAGAAAACGUUAAUGAUAAAAUUUCGAUUGAUGUUAAUUUAGGUAACGGAAAAACUUUAGCCAAUGUUUUAGUUUCGAAAAAAUGGGCAUGUCCAAUCGAUAAAACAAGUAUUGAUUCAGAUUCUAGUGUUAUUGUUGAAGACAUUGAUUCAAUCAGUAUGAUUGAUGAAAGUGAAUCUUUUGUAACAUACAAAUCGAUAAUCUUACCACCAGAUCUCGAUGACGAAAUCGAAAUUGAAGUGAUUAGUGCAGGCAUCGAUGGUUUAACCUGGUAUAUACGUUUAGGAGGACAAUUGGCGGAGCAAUUAGGGAAAAAAAGUGCAUAUGACGAUCUUUUAGAUCGAAUGCAAGAUGAAGCGGCACAACAGCCACAAAUUAUCGAGCCACAAGUGGGACAAGCCUGCUGUGCUUUAUACAAAGAAGACAAUCAAUGGUAUCGUGGUGAAAUUAUGGCACCCAUAUAUUCCAAUUCGAACAGCUUAAUUGUAAUAUUCGCUGAUUAUGGUAAUAUAGAGCAGGUACCUCGCGAAGAUGUCCGCCAUAUCAAAGAUGAAUGGUUAACAAUACCGAUGCAAUGUUUGCAAGCAAAAAUUCAUGGAAUGAACAUCAAUAAGGAUGUGGAUAAUUUUGAAGGACUAAUGGAAGAAUUUACUGAAGUUUUAUUUAAUAUUGGAAGUGUUGCAAAAAUUCAUGAUAGAGAUGAAAACAAUAAAUUAAAAGUCGAAAUAUUUAAUUUGGAAGGUAAAUUGAAAUAUGAAUCAUUUAUUGAAAAAGGAUUGUUAGUACCAUUAGUGUAAAAAAUCGAAAACCUUUUAACAACAUUACCAAUAAUUGUGACUUUAUUUUUACGAUUACGACUAAAAUACAGGGAAAUCUCAUGAUAAGACUCAAAUUUCGAUAAUUAUAUCGACCAACUACAUUCUCUAUUCUAAAAAUUAUUGAAAACCGUAAACCUUGUAUGUUUAUGUUGCUUCCUUUUUUGAAAGACCCGGUUUAUUUCGAAAUACAUAACAAAAUCUAAACAUCUUGAAUUUAAUAUUCAUUAUUCAAGUAAAGAUGCAUUCAA